AUGGACUCGAGCAAAAUAACUUCUAUGCAACAAAUCGUCGAGAACACUCUCAGCCAAGAAGGUAGGCAAAGAGUGACUCAAUUGUUAGAAGCUGUUGAAGCCCUGAGUGGCGCAGAGCGCCUAUUACUCUAUCUCCGUUUGCCUACUGGUGUUCCUCCCCAUGAUCCAUUGAAACAACCGAUCAACCCAUUAGGUUCCAGGGCUGAACUUCAGCAAACUGUUACAUGGAUACAGACACAUUUGGAAGUGGAUCCAGAUGUUUCAUUGCCAAAGCAAGAUGUAUAUGAUGAGUACAUAGCUCAUUGUAUGAGUAGUAACAUGAAACCUUUGUCAACUGCUGAUUUUGGUAAGGUAAUGAAACAAGUAUAUCCGAGUGUACGUCCACGUCGCCUUGGAACACGCGGAAACUCUAGGUACUGUUAUGCCGGGCUUCGAAAAAAGAUCAAGCUGGAAGUACCUCAGUUACCAGACUUAGGGGAAGCAUCAAAAGAAGCAACAGUUACUUCUAGAGAAACUGAAAGAGUUGUUUGUGAUUGGGCUGAAACCAAGCUUGGUCUGAAGUUUGGCAACAUAGGGGAGCUUUCACGCCAUUUAUCUUCAACUGGUGGGACUCAACGCGCACCACCUGGUCCAUCAAGUAGCUCUCCUCCACCACUUACUCAAGGAGCUUCAGAUGAUGGAACUGGUCGUCAAUUAAUAAAGCAGCUAAAGCGAAAACUACAGACGCAGGGUACACCAGGGCGACCGAAAAAGAAUAAAAGCCAAGAGGUGGCGGGUGACUCUCCCCCGUCCACUUCAUAUGUAAGUCAACACGCACCAGUAAAACAUGAAAGCGAAAUGAUGCCCGAGGCGAGUUACGGUUAUCAGCCCUCAUAUAUACCGGUGUACGAUGUGAGGCCAUCUUUCCCGCCUUAUGGAGCCCCACCCCGCGCUCACCCUCCGCACAUGACCCCAACGCCACACUCUCUGUCCGUCCACGAGUAUCGGGCGGACCCGUACGUCUUCGAACCGCCUUAUGCUCCACGCGACUUGACCUUACCCUCGGACACAACCCACAAUUUGCCCAUAAAUCUAAGUAGCGACGCAUCCCUGGACCUGUCUACGGAGCGCACCGAACUACAGCGUCGCAGACCACCGGAACCUCCGCCAACUAGGCUCCCACUACCUGGUAAAAAGCUAAUACUCGAAACUUACCAGAGCGAAACACAGGCCAGCUCGCCACGUUCGUCCCAAACGGAUACACGUCCACCACCACACGCGACCGAGGAGUUUCCGCGAACAGAGUAUUUGCCGAAGAAGAUGAGAGCCGCUGAAAUUAUGGGCGGCAAAUUGGCCGCAGCCCGCCUGUCGUACACUGUUUCCGAAGCAGCAACAUCGUCUAACACCGUAACCACUGACACGUCCGCUCGUUCCGAGGUUGCUUUUUUAGAGGAUCCAAAAAACUUAACGAGCCGGUCCAAAAGCACCGCCGCGGCGCUGGCUCGGGAGGAACAGGAGGCGGCGAGUCCGACACAGUCGGUGAAAGCUCUGACGCCUAAGUGCGAACGCCCCAAAUUACGCAAACUAUACUGCCGAACAAAAGCACCGUCCCCGGACAAAACAAACUUACCUGAACGAACAACGUCGCCCGACUCCUGUUGUGGCUUAGUCGAGAUCAACAUUAAAACUGGAAUGAUAUGCGAAGAGAAACAUUCUGAAAUAUUGAAUAGAGAACGCGUAAUUAGUAUAUGUAAUAUAGAUAAACACGAUUUAGAUGAUUACCUUAACGAAGGCAAUAGUCAAGAGCACGAGGAAGAGCUGUUGCAAUAUUUUAAUCAUCGCGAUACGGAUCAUGAUGUGCAGACGAAUUCGACUGCUAAUGCUGCACCUUUUUUAGAAGCAAGCCAAGACCCACAAGACGAACACAGUCAAGGAAAAAGUGAAAAAAUAUCUCAAUUGCGAGAACUGUUAGCGAAAAACUUGAAAAAUCAAAGUGGGUCAACACAAAAUAUCACAAUAAACCAAGAUAUAAAUUUGCCAGUGGACAACUCACCGGAGAAAAUGAACAAGUCGAACGAUCCUGUAACCGAAGGAGCUUUUAAACCUAUUGCGGGCACGAAUGUAGUUGAUUUGAUGAAUGGCUCAACUUUAUCAAAUCCGGGUGAAAUAGAUGCUAAUCAUAAACAUAGUACUUUAAGCGUUAGCGAAAACGGUGUGCCUGUACCAUUUGGAACAGAUACUCCGAAUCAAAUGAUGACUAAUAUUGGUGGGACGCACCUUUAUAACGGCAAUUGCCAUGAACCUCAGAGCCCUACAACCAGAACACAGCAGUACGAAUUUGUACCGAUAUCAGAUGCUUGUCAUUCGCCAGGAAAUUUUCAUUCUAAAUCGCCUGUGGGUUAUGGUGAUAGAGGAAACAGCCCAUCGAAGAUAAAUAAGUCUGUUAUAAUGGGUGGAUCCCUUCAAACUUCACCAAUUUCACACAGCACAGCUGCUAGUCCAUUUGUUAGCCCCAGAAAUACCCCUGUACCUAGAUCUCGACUUUGUUCCCGACCAACACCCAAGAUGAACGGAAGGAAAAGACGAAAUCCGUUAUCUCUCGGGAUGACCGAUUCGUGUUCUAAGCAAUUUGCAGUGCCGAACGAUCAAAAGUUUAUGGCUAAAACAGCAGCUUGCACUCCUAAUAUCAAAUAUUGCCAACCGAUGUCAGCGCCUCCAUCGCCGAAUAUUAUCACUCAGUAUAAAAAUCAAAUGUUACAAAACUCUUCUUUUAUUCCAAACGGUACCAACAAUGUAUGCCUAAACUUUGUUCCAAAUGCACUCUUCCGUGAUGUAAACGGUGACCUCGCUCAACCGUUGUCGGCUGACCCUUUAUCGCGUGAGGUCAGCCAAUUUUUUCAAGAACCCGUAAGCUAUGGCUUAGGUCUCGACACUUCUUACAGAUCGCAAUCUGUACCUCUCAAGCCCGGCAUUAAUAAUAUUGGUCUUUUAAGUUACAACAACACUCCAGUAGGUUCCGUUCCUCCUACUCCCGUACCGAAUGAGUUCAGCGAUUUUGGAUCGCUUGCUGACACUUGUGAUAUAUCAAAGGCUGGUCUUAAUCCAGAAACAUUAGAUAAAAUUUACGAUGCCAUAGACAGUAGUAACGACGUACUUAAUGCAGGCACUACACCGAGCCUGUUGAGCUCUAACGAUACUUUAAGCAAUGGUUGUGACACAAUAUCAGAACAACAAAUCUUAACCGAUGAGCAACUAAAUUCAUUUAUUCCCGCGAGUGGUGAAUUGCUCGGUAGAAGUAGCCAGUUCAGUCAAUCGUUUGGCAAUGACAGCUCCGCUACAGACAAUGUUGAGGAGUUUUUAAAACGCACUAACAAUAUUGAAUUAGAUUUGUCUGACUUAGUGCCAGAUAAAAAUAAAUAUUACACAUCGCGUUCUGUACCAAGCACACCAUUACCAUACAAACGUACGGUGCCGAAUUUGCAAAUUGAUUCACGUCGCUCUAGAGAACUGUUUGCAACGGAGAAUUAUUCGAAUAUUUCUAAUGGGAUAUCUUCCAAAUCCGUACCAUCUACUCCGCAGCUUUCUGAAGAUAGAAGCGUUUUUAGUUAUAGCAAUAGAGAUUUCCUUAUUAAUGGCAACUCAGUGGAAGUUUGUGGCUCAACACAGAUACAAAAUAUUGUGGAUAGUGAUCAAGGACUCUCAUCGCCAUUAGACAUGUUGCGUGAAGACAUAUUGACUCCAUUAACAUCGUCAGACUUAUUGGCUGACCUCGAUAAAAUGGAUGGAACCCCGUACGUUGACCUC